GGCUGGAAUAACGCUUUAUAAACUUGCCUCCCGAUUUCACCUCCCACUGCACUGGCCAACUUCUAUCCACCUCGGGUCAACCACUUCCCCAGACAGCCUCACUUCUUUUUCCUGUAGGCUUCAGCCAGUCAAAACCCCAAGCCUGCCAGAUCCAGGUGAAAUCCAGAACCUCAGUCCCAGGAUGCUGAGGACACUGUUGCCCCUGCUGGCUCUACUGUUCCUGCCUGUCUGUGCCUUUUGUAGCCAACAAGCCUCAGAUGGCCUGCAGAGUCUCCACAUGCUCCAGAUCUCCUACUUCGUAGACAAACACGUGUGGCAUCGGGGCAACGCAUCACUGGGGGGGAUUCCAUCACACAAGCUGGAAGGCUGGGACUCCAAUGUCACCAUCCUGCAACUGCAGUCCUUGCAAGACCCGGAGAGUUGGGCAAUCAGGGAACAGAGCCUGAAGAACUACUUGAAUGUGUUCUACAGCCUAGUGCAACUGGUGCACCUGGAGCGAGGAUGGGCCUUUCCUCUGACCCUGAGCUGCUUCCUGGGCUGCGAUCUGCUUCCUGAGGACCCCAAAGCCCACGUCUUCUUCGAAGUCACCAUGAAUGGGAGCUCCUUUCUGAACUUCCAGCCAGAGACAGCCACAUGGGUGGCAGCGUCCCAGAAGCCGUCCAAAGUGACCACCUACAUUCUGCAGCAGCUCAAUACCUACAAUAGUACCCGGUUUGAAAUUCUGGAAUUUCUGCAGGACACCUGUGUACAGUAUGUGAAGGACUACAGCAACGUGGAAAACUUGAAAGAAAACAGAACAAGCCACUCCUAUACUUCGCUGGUCCUGGGUAUCCUGAUGGGCUGUCUCAUCAUUGCUGGUGUGGCUGUUGGCAUCUUCCUGUUCACUGGUGGACGGCGGUGUUAAUUACUCUCCAGCCCCCUCUGAAAAAGGGCUGGCCUGCUGGGGGCUGGCAUGGAAUGAUCUCACCUUACUGCAAAAUCAAACCGAUUCCCCAGUGGGACAUUACAUCUCAGAACUUUUGAAGAGAGAGCUUUUUUUCUUCUCCCAGAUCUGCCCACCAAGACUUGGGGGAGGGAGAAGGUAAGGAGGUCAGAGUGUUUGAUUUUCUCAGCUUUCAUGCUUAAGACACCAAAGGUCUCAGGUUCAAUCCCCAGUACCACCAUGAGCAAAAGCUGAGCAAUGCUCUGGUUAAAAAAAAAAAAAAAAAGUUUGUUAAGAAUUUGAAUGCUUUUCUGAACUGAUCUGAGAAGUGGAUAUUUAUUUAUCUUUGUGAAAAACAGAUAAUGGAGUUGGGGUGAAUGGUGGGGGUGUCUAUUGUCAUACUCCAACAACAGAGUCACCUGAGGUAUUCAAUAUACAUAACAAAUAAAACAAGUCAUCCAUCACUAAUCUAACAAGAUAGAAUGCUCCCAGGUGUGUCAGAUUUGGGAGGGGUCAUUGGUAUAAUAGGGGUAGAAUGAAAAAAUAGAGAAACAGUGGGAGUGUAAAAUCCAAGGAAUGUGGGGCCACGGAGCUAUUAAUUAAUAAUAAUAAAAUUGUUACUUAUAUACAGUACAUUAUUAUUUCUUCCACUGUGCAAAAUUUCUGAGAAAGCGCCCUAUGCCUUUGGCUUCCAUUUCCUCGUGUUCCACUCUUGAAUCCAUUACAGCCUGACUUCUCUAUAAGGUGCUCUAAACUCAUUAAUGAUCUCUAGUUGUGAAAUCCUCAUCCCUCAUGCUAGAUGUAUGACAAGAUUCCUAGUUGCAAAUAACAACAACAAACAAUUCUUCUAACUUCAGGGGGAAAUAAAUAUAAUGUUAGCAAGUAGUUCUUAGUGUUGAUGGGGAAGACCACAAACCAAAGCUUAGAAAAUAGAACCAAUAAUUAUAGACAAAGUCACAACACAGAAAUGGUCUAGCUAAGGACACCAUCACUGGAAUUACUGCCUCCAUCAUCACUGCUUGCUGCCAUCAUAAAUGAGUUCUACUCUAUCCCCUGAAUCUUUAUACCAUUUAUUUGAAAUUCAAAGUCCUGGUGGCUGGGCACACCUCAGAGAGUACACAAAUUACUGUAUGUGAGUCCCAGAUUCAAGUUCCCUUAUCCCCACCUGCAGAGGUGAAGCUUCAUGAGUGGUAGGGCAAUGAUGCAGGUGUCUCUCUCCCUCUUUUUUCCCCUCUGUUUUUCACUAUCUCUAUUAGAAUAAAAGGAAAAAAUGAAAAGAGAAAAAAACUUAAAAGGAGGAGGAAGAGAAGUGGAGGAGGAAAGGAAGGAAGUCAAAAUUCUGCUGGGAGUUGUGCCUUAGCUGCAAGUAGAGUGAAUGGAAGACUAAGUAUCUUUGACUUCCCGAGUGUAGCCCUGCUUUGUAGUGAGAUUUACAUAGAGGUACAGGUACAGAUGUUGGUAAAAACAAAAACACACCCCCCUUAACUAAUCUCUGUGUCUUUCAUUGUUUAUUCAUUUAGAAAACAUUUAUAAGUAGUCUCUCUACAAAGUUAAGCCACAUAAAUUUAAAGAUAAAUAAAACCUUGAGGAGAUCAUUGUUUGGGAAGACUAGCCAAAUACAAAUAAGAAUAAUACAAGGCAGGAUAUAACAAUAAUUGGAAGAAACAUACAAAUAAAAACCCUUGAGUUGCAGUUUACUGUUGUGGCUAUCAUUUACAGGUUGCUUUAUACACAUACACACACACACACACAGGGUUUUCAUUGGGGCUUGGUGCCUGCACUAUGAAUCCACUACUCCUAGGGGAUUUUUCUUUUCUUUCUUUUUUCCAUUUUAAUAGGAUAGGACAGAGAGAAAUUGAGGGGGAAGGGGUAGACAGGGAGGGGGAGAGAAAGACAGACACCUGCAGACCUGUUUCACCACUUGCGAAGUGUCCCUCCAGGUGGGGAGCCAGCGGGGAGGGGAGUUCAAAUCAGGAUCCUUGUGCUUCAUACUAUGUAUGCUUAACCUGGUGCACCACCACUCAACCCCCUUCCUUUACAGUUUUAAAAAAUUCUUUAGGGGGCUGGGUGGUGGCUGGUUGAGCACACAUGUUACAAAGCCCAGGGACCUGGGUUCAAGCCCUCAGUCCCCACCUGCAGGGGGAAAACUUUGCAAGUGGUGAAGCCUACUCUACCUCUCUACCUCCCCCUCCCCUCUGGAUAUCUGGCAGUCUCUAUCCAAUAAGUAAAUAAAGAUAGGCCUGUAGGUCUCCCUCCCCAUCCUCUCAAUUUCUCUCUGUCCUAUUUGAUAAAAAUUAGAAAGGAAAAAAAGUAAAAAAAAAAAAAAAAAAAAAAAGGUUGCCAGAAGCAUUGCCUGUACCCAGCCACAUUGAUAACCUGGUGGCAAUAAAAAACAAACAAACAAACAAAAACACUUUCAUGUCUGAGACUGGAGAUCCCAGGUUUAAUCCCCAGCACCACCAUAAGCCAGAGAUGAGCAGUGCUCUGGAGAAACAAACAACUAACUCAUGAUACAGAAACAAGUUAGCAAUUUCUAGAAGUGGUGGAUAAAGGACGGGUAAAACAAGCAAAGGUGGGCAAAAGGUAUAGACUUCCAGUUAUAAGUCACAAGGAUGGAGUAAAAAGCAUAACAACUACAGAUAAUAAUACUGUAUUGUAGUUUUGAAAGUUUCUCAAAAAAGAUUUUAUGAGAGAGACAAGAGCACUACUCAGCUAUGGCUUAUGGUGGUACUGGGAAUUGAACCAGGGAUCUUAGGGCUUCUGGCAUGAAAGUCAUUUUUCAUAACCAUUAUGCUGUCUCUCCAUCUCUGAUAAAGGCGAUUUUAAACAUUCUUAUUACAAGAAAAAAAAAUCUAACUAUGUGUAAGGAUUGGUGUUAACUAGACUAAUUGUAGUGAUGCUUAUUUGGCAUUCUAAACAAAUAUCAAAUUAUUGUCUUAAACACCUGAAGCUAAUAUAGUGUUUAUGUGUCAAUGAAAAUAAAUUGGUGAUGCCUUGUGAUAUGGAGAUGAGGUAGUAAUGAAGAGUGAUUGCUAAAAGAUACGUUUUGUUUCUGAAGAGAUAAAAAAAAAAUUCCAAGCUUAGAUGUAGUGAUGGCUACAUAAUUCUGAAAAUACAUUUUAAAUUAUUUAUUUAUUGAGAGAAAAAUCAGAGCAUCCAUUACCAAACUCUGGACCUAAUGCUUGCAAGUUCACUGCUAUAGCCACUGUGAAACACACACACACAUGCACACACACACACAUGCACACACACACACACACACACACUGAAUUGUGGGCAGAGGAGAUAGCAUAAUGUUUAUGCAAAAAGACUUUCAUGCCUGAACCUCUGAAGUCCCAGAUUCAAUCCCCACACCACCAUAAACCAGAGAUGAGUAGUACUUUGGUGUAAAAAAUUGAAUUGUAUGCUAUAAAUGGAUUAUUUUUGUGGUAUGUGAUAUAUUUAUAUACAUGGAUAUGUAUAUAUCAAUAUAUUAAUGAUGGUAUGAAGUGGUAGUAAUAAAGUGACUAUAUAUAUAU